AUGGCCCUCUCAGUCAAAGGAAGAACCGCCAUAAUUACUGGCGCAGGCUCUGGAAUCAACUUUGCCUACGCCAAAUUGCUGAUAGAAAAUGGAUGCAAUGUGCUAAUUGCGGACUUGGCCCUGCGACCUGAGGCCAAGGCCUUGGUUGAGACAUACUCCACUGGGUCGCCGCGAGCCAUCUUCCAGGAGACCGACGUGUGCGAUUGGUUGCAGCUAGAGCGCAUGUUCGAAGUGGCCGAGAGAGAACUUGGUGAAAUCGACAUUGUCUGCCCUGGUGCUGGAGUCUACGAACCACACUGGAGCAACUUCUGGCGCCCGCCUGGCUCGGCGCCCAGCAAAGACGCGCGUGAUGGUGGCCGUUAUGCCCUGGUGGAUAUCAACAUUACACACCCCAUCCGCACAUCGCAGCUUGCAAUUGCGCACUUUUUGAAGAACCGCAACAAUGGUCGCCCGAAGCAUCUCGUCCACAUCUCUAGUAUCGCUGGUCAGAAUCCCGCCAUGGCGGCGCCGAUCUAUGUCGCGACGAAACAUGCCAUUAACGGGCUGGUGCGAUCGCUAAGCAAGCUCGACCGGCUUGGCAUUCGUGUCACGGCCGUGGCGCCGGGUGUCAUCAAGACGCCGCUGUGGACCGACCAUCCUGAAAAAUUGAAGAUGGUAAACGACGGCGCAGAUGAAUGGGUAACGCCAGAAGAAGUCGCAGAGGUUAUGAUGGCGCUCGUGCAGCAGGACCAGGUGAGCGAGAUUAUUGGGGAUCGGUCCGGCAAGGGUCAGCAGUAUAGGGUUGUAGGAGGAACGAUUCUCGAAGUAUCGAAGACAGUGCGUGAAGUCAAUGUAUUCAACGAUCCAGGCCCUGGGGACCGGCCAGGCAACACGGCGUCCGACCACGGAGCAGUCGAGGAGGAAAGUUUCCGACUUUUGUUGCAGGAGGGAUGGGGACAAGCCAAGCUGUAG